AUAAGCCCAAACCGGCCCGUUUGAAUCAACCUAAACACCUUCAGCCGUCGAAUCGAAACACUCCACCCACAAGAAAAGGAGACAACUACAAGCGAUGGGAAAAGCUUCGGGAGCGAAACAGGCGACUGUCGUGGUUGCAGCUUUGGCUUUUGGAUGGUUAGCUAUAGAGAUCGCCUUCAAGCCUUUCCUCGACAAACUCCGCUCCUCAAUCGACAAAUCCGAUCCCGCCAAAGAUCCCGAUGACUCCGACAAAGACGCCGCCUUCGCCGCCGCUGCAGCCGCCUCUGAGACGACGUCCUCCGUGUAGGGUAUUUAAAUAAGGGUUUUGUUAGAUUAAAUCUAUGUGUUCAGCUUUGAAUUAAAACAUAAACAGUUUGUUUUAUUGCAUAAUUAUAUGUUUUUCUCUACUCA